AUGGCGUGGACAUAUACACUUGUGUUAAGCGCCCUUUUGGCCGCGAGAUGUCACGCCCAGCAGUUUCCCGCCAAUUUUCAAUUCGGUGCAGCCUCCGCGGCUUACCAGGUGGAGGGGGGGUGGGAUGCUGAUGGUAAAGGAGAAAGCAUUUGGGAUAGAUUAGUCCACACAAAUAAAGAUGCCAUAGCGGGUGGUGCUACGGGAGAUAUUGCUGCCGAUUCCUAUCAUUUGUGGCGGGAAGAUGUGCAAAUGGCGGCGCAGUUGGGGCUUGAUUUUUAUAGAUUCUCAAUAUCCUGGCCUCGUAUACUUCCCAGUGGUCUAGCAAACAACAUAAGUGCAGCCGGCGUGGCGUAUUACAAUAACUUGAUUGAUGAAUUACUCUUACACGGCAUAAAACCUGUGGUCACCAUGUACCACUGGGACUUGCCCAUGAAACUACAGGAUUUGGGUGGCUGGACGAACCCCCUAAUAUCCGACUGGUUCGAAUCCUACGCAGCAGUUCUAUACUCUUUAUACGCUGAUAGAGUAAAAACUUGGAUCACAAUUAACGAGCCUAUAGUAGUUUGUGACUUUAAUUAUAAUGGUGGGAACUAUGCCCCAGGGAUAAAGGAACCAGUAAUAGCACCAUAUUUAUGUAAUAAGCAUUUGAUGAUCGCUCAUGCGAAGGCGUAUAGACUGUAUGAGAGGGAAUACAAACAUAAGUAUGACGGUCGAAUUUCGUUAGCAAACAAUGCUCUCUGGAUAGAGCCAUUUAAAGUACCCAGAGACAUAGAGCUGGCAGAACUCGGGAUGGAACAUAUGAUCGGUCGUUACGCUCAUCCAGUAUUUUCUAAAGAGGGUGGGUGGCCUGAAAAGAUUGAGAAACACAUGUUGGAACUAAGCUUGAAACAAGGCUAUAAUAGUUCCAGACUACCCCCAUUUACUGAAGAAGAGAAGAAGUUUGUACAAGGAACAGCAGAUUUCUUCGGCUUCAACUACUACACGGCGCGGCAGAUCCGACCAGCGAAGGCGGGUGAAAAUGGCACGUGGUUUAUAGACGGGUCGCCGGAACUUGACGCCAUGUUGGAAGUGCCGCCGGGAGCUACAUUUGGGGCUACAGAUCUUAUUGCUAUACUUCCAAGAGGCUUACGUGAAAUGCUUCAGUAUUUGAAGAAAACGUAUGGUGACCACGAAUACUUGAUCACAGAAAAUGGAUACCCAGGAUGGAAGGAUAUGGAAGAUCACGUCAGAAUCGACUUUAUUAGAGACCAUUUGGAGCAGUUGCUUAUAGCGAUUGAAGAAGACAACGUCACUGUAAGCGGAUACACGUAUUGGUCACUUUUGGACAACUUCGAGUGGGUCGGCGGUUACGGAAUAAGAUUCGGAAUCUACGACGUAGAUUUCAACGAUCCUAAACGCACUAGGACACCAAGAUUGUCAGCUAAAUACUACGCUUGUGUUAUCGAUAGUAAUUCUUAUAACGUGUCCCUUGAAUGUACUAAUAGUCCCAGUACUGCGUUUUCUAGAACACCUACUAAUGGGAAUGUACGAAAUAGCUUUUCGGUUUUAGUUUCAGUGAUUAUGGUAGCUUUAUUUUUUGUAUAAUUCAUUAUUAGUAUAAACAAUUAU